AUGACUUCUCAGCGGCCUUUCCCUGCUGACGAUGACUUCGGAAUCUACUAUGUCCUAGCAGAAUGUUCGGAUUACUACAAUGCCACCCCGAUUCAUGAGGCUCAGGAGAACCAGCCUCACCCGCAAGGUGUGACUGGGCUUCGGAACUUGGGUAACUCAUGCUACAUGAAUGCCAUCUUACAGUGUCUCUGCAGUGUCUCGCCGCUGGUGGAAUACUUUCUCUCCGGAAAGUAUAUUACUGCUCUUCAAAAGAGCUGCGGUGAGGUUGCCACUGCUUUUGCCUACCUGAUGACAGACAUGUGGCUUGGGGACUCAGACUGUGUCUCACCAGAAAUAUUUCAGUCCGCUCUUGGAAACCUCUACCCGGCAUUUAUGAAAAAAACACAGCAGGAUGCCCAAGAGUUCUUGAUUUAUGUCCUGAACGAACUUCAUGAAGCUCUGAAGAAGUAUCACCAAAGAAGGUCAUUUGAGAAAGGAUUUACUCAAAGAUGCUGCAAGAAGGCGAUGGCCAGUGAGUCCUCCAUCAUCAGCCAGCUGUUUGAAGGGCAGCUCAACUCUGGGAUCACGUGCUUGAAGUGCGAGAACUGCAGCUACAGGAACGAAGACUUCACGGUCCUCUCACUCCCCAUUCCCUCCCAGUAUCAGUGCUCUCUUCAGGACUGCCUCCAGUGUUUUUUUCAACAAGACACACUGUCCUGGAAUAACCAAAUUCAUUGCUCCUUUUGUGAGACCAAGCAAGAAACUGCUGUGAGGACCAGUAUUUCCAAAGCACCCAAAAUCAUUAUUUUUCAUUUAAAAAGGUUUGACAUUCAGGGUGCAAUGAAAAGAAAACUGAGAACAGAUAUUCAUUACCCACUCACCAACUUGGACCUCACUCCUUACAUUUGUCCAAUUUUUCGGAAACAUCGUAAAUACAACCUAUGUGCAGUGGUGAACCACUUUGGUGACCUGGAUGGUGGCCACUACACUGCUUUCUGCAAGAACUCAGUUUCCCAGGCCUGGUACAGCUUUGAUGACACACGAGUCAGUGAGAUUCCAAAAGCUUCAGUUCAAACUGCUACAGCCUAUCUUCUGUUCUACAGCUGCCAACCGUUUUCCGUACCUAUACAACAAUGCAAGAGCUAG